AUGGUUUACCCGUAUGUCGACAAUAUCGAUGAUGAGUCGGACACAGGUAUGCUGCCAGAGCCUGCUAUGCCGUCAUCAGAUGACGGAAGCCCAGAGACUACGAGCCCUGAUAAUGCGGACGAUGGAAUGCUCCUUCGUGAUGUCCAGGAGAAGACAGCUUACUACGACCACGCCGCAGAGAAGCAAGUGAGCCAGGAAGAGGCAAAGUUAUUUUAUCAACGGAUUCAAUUCGAUGCACAGAAGACUGGAGGAAACAAUUGGGAGAACUCCCAGAACUCCCCACAGGAGAGCCCGGCUUUGCUACCAAGGGCCCACACCAACGGGCUCGACGGACAAGCAUCAAUCCGACGGUCAGACAGUACUAAUUCAAUAAAGAAUGGGCAAAGGGCCCCCCAAAGCGCCACCAAAUACAAACCUACUCUUCCCAUCGGCCUGGCAGAUCCCGCCAAACCCCCCGAGAGCAAUACUAUACAAGAGCCAGGUAUAGCACUGGCUCCAGGGAGUCCUGCCGCAUUGAAUCGAACUGAACCAUUACUUCGCGCCGAUCGAGCUGCCAGAGACCAUGCAGCACACCCACAUCUGCCUCACGAACCUAAGCCGUUGCUGGAGACGGAGGGUAUACAUGGAGCUGGUGCUGGUAUAGGCAUCGGGAAUGGUGCCGGUGGAUUUGCCGAUAAUGAUUCUCAUAUCACAUCAGAACUAAGCACCAUAUACUCGAACGUCCGAAAGAUCCUUGACAUCCGGCACAAGUACAUGCGGUUGUCGAUGCAACAAAAUGGCGACAAUCCAAAGGACGAUCCCAACUGGAACAUCUACCCGCCACCCCCAGAACCAGCUUGGUAUGAGGAGAAGGACCGUUCUAAUAGUGGCUUUGGAGCUGGCAAGGCAAGUCAAAGUACAAGUGUGUCAAAUAGCGUGAUUCUUGAGAAACCUCAGAGCAAAGUGAACGACAAUGUUAGAUCUUUCAGCUCCACAAGCCUGUAUCAGGCACCUCAGAGUCCUCAUAGUUCCAAAGCUCACAAAAAUAAACGGAAACUUGGCCAGGACAUCGGUGAAGGCUUCGACAUGGAAGAUGUUUUCCCUCUGCCAGGUCCCAGCGAGAUGACCUUUCGGCUGGAUGGAAAUGGCGUAUACCAGGUAUAUGAGAACUCCAAGUCAGAUGAAGUCGAUAGCCCAGUCAUGAACAUACCCACAAUCCGAGAGUACUACAUGGAUUUGGAAGAGAUUCUCAACAUUUCUUCUGACGGGCCGAGUAAAAGCUUCGCAUUCCGCCGGCUGCAAUAUCUGGAAGGCAAAUUCAAUCUCUAUGUGCUUCUGAAUGAAUACCAAGAAAUGGCAGACAGCAAGAGGGUUCCUCAUCGAGACUUUUACAAUGUCAGAAAGGUCGACACUCACGUUCAUCACUCUGCCUGUAUGAAUCAGAAGCAUCUCCUGCGUUUUAUCAAAAGCAAGAUGAAGAAAUGCCCCGAUGAGGUAGUGAUGUACAGAGAUGGGAAGCAUCUUACCCUGGAGGAAGUCUUCCAGAGUAUCAAUUUAACAGCGUAUGAUCUCAGUAUUGACACGCUCGAUAUGCAUGCUCACACCGACUCGUUCCACCGAUUCGACAAAUUCAAUCUUAAAUACAAUCCAAUCGGGGAAUCACGUUUGAGAACAAUCUUCCUCAAGACCGAUAAUUUCAUUAAUGGUAGAUACCUAGCGGAGAUCACCAAGGAGGUGAUUUCCGACCUAGAGUCAAGUAAAUACCAGAUGGCAGAGUGGCGUAUCUCGGUCUACGGGAGAAGUCUUGACGAAUGGGACAAGCUAGCCGCUUGGGUUGUCGACAACAAACUGUUUUCGCACAAUGUCCGCUGGUUGAUUCAAGUUCCCCGGCUGUUUGACGUUUACAAGUCCAGCGGUUUAAUGGAGAACUUUGAGCAAGUCAUCGUAAAUUUGUUCCAGCCUCUUUUCGAGGUUACCAAAGACCCGAACAGCCACCCGAAACUACACAUUUUCCUUCAGAGAGUCAUCGGCUUCGAUAGCGUUGAUGAUGAAAGCAAACCAGAGCGCAGACUCUAUAAAAAGUUUCCCGUACCCAAUGUCUGGGAUUCGAAACAAAAUCCUCCAUACAGUUAUUGGAUCUACUAUCUGUUCUCCAAUAUGUCGUCUUUGAACGUGUGGCGGAAGCAGAGAGGCUUCAAUACAUUCGUUCUGAGGCCUCAUUGCGGUGAGGCGGGUGAUACAGACCAUCUCGCUGCGGCAGUCCUCUGUUGUCAUAGCAUCAGUCACGGUCUACUGCUCCGCAAGGUUCCGUUACUUCAAUACAUAUUCUACCUCGAGCAAAUCGGCGUAGCAAUGUCUCCACUCAGUAACAACGCACUAUUUCUAGCCUAUGAACGAAACCCGUUUCUACAAUAUUUCAAACGAGGCUUGAACGUUUCCUUAUCGACAGAUGAUCCUCUUCAGUUUGCCUUCACGAAAGAGCCCCUUAUCGAGGAGUAUUCCGUUGCUGCCCAAAUCUAUAAACUUAACGCGGUAGAUAUGUGCGAGCUGGCAAAGAAUUCGGUAUUGCAGAGUGGAUACGAGCAUACCAUUAAACAGAGAUGGCUAGGACCUGCUUACUACCUCCCUGGUGUCAGGGGCAAUGCAAUGGCGAAGAGCAAUGUUCCUAACAUUCGUGAAGGAUAUAGGCAUGAGACUCUACUUCAGGAGCUUGCAAUGAUUGAACGGUAUACGGGCCAUUCAACACCAAUCGCCGAAAUUCAUAACAAAAACGAACCAGGUCCCUAUAAAGUACCAGAAGGUCCAACUUCACCGAUAUCUAUGACGAAUAAUAUGAGAGCUUCGCCGAGCAUAAAGUCAGCCGAGUCCCUAGCUUACCAGCAAUCCCCUGCCCAAGCUGCUCGAAUCCCGACCUCGCAGUCGCAGGUCCAACUAGAUUCACAACAGAGCAGCCACGUCAACCGUAGUCCGUUGCAGCAUGCUAAAACAUGGGACAGAGGGAGUUCUGUCUCGCUGCCCCAUGCUGGUGCAUUGUCAAGAGAAUCCUCAUGGCCUGUAGAGGGGUUCGCUGAUCUACACCUAUCUGGAAACGAGCCUAGGAUCUUUCCCGGAUUGGUCAGUAGAACGCAGAGGCGGGACAGUGUAGCGAAGAAGAAUGGUACGGGUGAGGCGGGCGAAUAUGGUGGCGUAGGUGUAUUGUCUAAGCAGGGCGGAAGGAGGAAUUCGAUACGAGGGGUUGAUGGUGCUGUGGAAGAGGAGUUUGAGAGUGACGAGGAGUCAAAUUAG